AUGGCCAACUCGUCGCAGUGGCUGGAGGAGGGCGGGCGCUGGCCGCCGCCGGCCGGCCCGUACAGCGAGGCGCAGCGCCUGGCGCUGGAGGAGCUGGUGGCGGGCGGCCCCGAGGCGCUGCGGGCUUUCCUGCGGCGGGAGCGGCUGCCCCCGUUCCUGUCGGAGCCCGAGGUGCAGGACAUCGCGCCCGCGCUGCCGCCCGCCGCGGGCCCGGAGCCGGCGGCACAGUCCUCGCCCGGCGCCUCGCUCGACGCCUCCCGCUCACCUACUUCCCCGAGCGCUCCGGACCUGGAGCCGCCGGCGCUGGAGCUGGGCUGGCCGGGCUUCGCCAGCGGCGCCUUCCGCGGGCUGACGCGGGUGGAGGCGCAUUUCCAGCCCGGCUUCGGGGACAGCGGCAGCAUCUACGGCUGCAAGGAGGCGGUGCGGCGGCAGAUCCGCUCCGCGCGGCAGGUGAUUGCCUUGGUUAUGGAUUCCUUCACAGAUACUGAUAUCUUCAAAGACUUCAUGGAAGCUUGUCGUCAGCGGCAAGUUAAAGUGUAUAUCCUGCUAGAUCAGUCUUCAUUUUCCCACUUUCUGAAAAUGUGCAAGGAUCUGGGAGUUGACCUUGAACAGGAAAAGUUGAUGAGAGUUAGAAUUAUCACUGGGAACACAUACUGCACCAGGUCAGGAACCAAAAUUAUUGGAAAAGUCCGUGAAAAAUUCAUGUUAAUUGAUGGCAUCAGAGUGACGACAGGCUCCUACAGUUUUACAUGGACAGAUGGGAAGCUGAACAGCAGUAACAUUUUGAUCCUGUCAGGCCCUGCAGUUGCACACUUUGACCUGGAAUUUCAGAUUCUCCAUGCACGGUCAAAACCUAUCAGCCUCAAAGAGUUAUCCAGCUGCAAGAAGAACAAGGUGUUGGACCAGCUGGUCAGGAUAACAGUGGCUUCCAGAGACAUGACCAGGGAAAACUUCCUGAGAAUGGAUUUUUUGUAUCUGAGAGCAUUUGUGGGAAAUCUGAAGAGGAAGCGAAGCGGGCUGCAUGCCUCGAGGGAGGCAGUGUACGUGCCAAACAAUGCCAUGCACACCUCCCCUCCGCUGACUAAGAGGAAUGGCUCUCUGGUUAUGAGGCCACACUGGAUCAUAGAGAGAUGAACUGCACAUCUGUGCAGGGCGAGAAGCAGAACUUUAGGAACCACAUCCAGCUGUCCCUGUCCAGCGCUGUCUUACAGUGUGUUUGUGAGAGCAGCUGAGAAACAAACUUCAAAGGGAGAGAAAGUGAAACUGGAAUUGUGAUUUUGUUUGAAGACAGAUCAGUAUAAAGCCGUUAUUGUCUUCUAGUAUUCUGUUAGAUUUUCAUUUUUCAUGUUUUGAGCUGAUGGGUUGGCAGUGUCUUAGCUCAGUUGCUCAACCCUUUUUCUUUUAAGGAAUCUAGGUAUCAAAAAUCAUAUUGCCUAAAAGUCUUCCAAACAUGAAAGCAGGAUAAGUGACUCUGAAAUCAGUCUAAGCUUAGUCUUGGUUGCAUGAGCUCUCCACCAUUUCAUGACCCAGAACUGGAGUAACCCUAAUCUAGAAACCAGUAGGUCAGUACCACACUACUAGUCCUCAAAUGUUACAUUUUCUUCACAUGAAGCUCUGCUGGGAGGCAGAACGAGUUAAUGUGUCAGGCAAACAAGGCUUUUGUAGUGACUGAAUUUCAAGUGACCUUUGUAUUAUAAUGUAUUUGGAUUGUUGGACAUCAUGCAAUAAAUGUGUGCAAGGGAUAGUAUUCCUAAGGACCUACUAUGUUUGUAGUAGAGACAAAUGAGACCAAUCUCUUAGCAUUUCCAGGCAUACUUUUUGGGUUCUUUAUGGUUGCUGCUGCUGUCUGAUCUUGUGGGAAAAGCUGAGUAGAUCUGAAAUCUCUGAAGCUGCUGCAUCUUCUCAAAAGCUCUACUUCCACCAGAAAUGCAAUGAUAUGAGACUCAGCAAUAGAAUAAUUUAUUUUUAAAGUUUCAUGCAAGCUUGAUUACUAUUAUUUUUUUUAAAUCCGUCAAUUUC